UUAUGGGGCCACGCGGCCACACACCGGUGCUCGCGCAAACCCGAUACUCAACUCGGCGACGCGGCGUUCUUAAGUGGGGGGCCGAAUUCUGUGCGCUGUAUUUACACAACUGGGUCCCUCGCGGCUGCCCGGACAGCAAAUGGCCGCGGCUCCGACACAAACGCCACGGAGCGCACUCCCGUAUGCGGCCCCAGCUAUGUCGCGAGCACGCGCGACGCUCCUCACAACAAAGCUGGGUCCCUCACGCCUGGGGCCCCGGCCCCCCCCCACCCUCGGAGGAUCGCCCGCGCGGCUAAGUCCGGUUUCUAUUAUUAUUCUUCUUAUGAUAUAGGAAUAAUAAUAAUAAUAAUAGGAAUAAUAAUAAUAAUAAUGGUACUCCCUGCGUGACAGGGCGUGUUCUGAGGAGGUAGAGGCGUGAGGGCAUGAGAGACCACCACAUUAGUGGUCUCCGCCACUGGGCCCCUGUCCCCCAAGGAGAGUGGGGAGGCUGGCAGCGCGCCUAGGCGCGCUGGGCCUGGUCCCAUUCUCACAACGGGGCGUACUGUGCUAAGGUGGGCGUCCUGGCCAUGGGUGACUGCAGAGUUCCCGGCGGAGAGCUGUAAUGGCGGUAGUCGUGUGAACAGCGUGCUGGACAAGCUUUUGGCAGGUGCGGUGCGCAGAUUGUGUUGAGCAUCCGAGCGUUUUAAGCAGGGCAUGGAGGUGGGUGGUAACGGUGCCGGUAUGCCCGAGGCUGAUGAUUGUGUCCUGGUUGUGUAUCACGUCCCAUCCGGCGGUGCGGAGUGCGGUGGCAAGGUCGUCAUGUUGUUGCAGUUUUUCUGCCCUUUUGUCCAGGUGAUUGAGGUCAGAGCAGUAGCCCACUUCUAUUACGUAGACUUUAUGCGCGCUUUUCUGGAGUCGCGUGCGAGGCAUAUUAGUAGGCUGCCCAGAUCGGGUCAUGCGUAAGGAGGGGACGACCAGCAGGUCCGGGCGAAAUCGUAGUCGCACGCUCUCUGGCGUGCCUGGCAGCACCCAUGCGGGUAUGCGUGUUCCCCCACUGUAAGCGGGGGCGUCC